CCUGGCGGUGAAGGACAGUAAAACAGGAGAGAGGGGGGCGAGAGAGAGAAAUCUCCCCCCUCCCCUACUCUUCUCUUCCUCUCCCUGCGAGAGAUCCUUCUCUCUCUUUCCCACCCCCCUUCCCCAAUCAACCCGGUUUUAACUCUGUUUAGUCUAACCUUCAGGAGAGAGAGAGGGGGAGGGAGGGAGAGCGUCUCUAUAUCUCCCCCGCAGACUUUCUCUUCUCCUUCUCCCCUUCCUCCCUUCCUCCCUCCCUCCCUCCUCCAGCUCCCUUCCCGCCAGAGCCUCCGCACAACAAUUGGGGCGUCUAUAUGCAGGACUAAGCGGUGAAAGCUCGAGAAGGGACGGCGGCGGAUGCCCGGCACUCGCUCGCUCUCCCGGGCGCCCGCGGGGAGCUGGCCAGGGUAAGCAUGCCGGGCAGCCCCGCGCUGCGCCGCUGCUCUUGCCGGGCGCUCGCUGCCUUCUCCGGCUGGGCGAAGGAGGCGCAGCACCAGGAGACGCUCGCUCGCCGUUUUGCUGCAUUGGUGCCGUCCGGGGGAAAGGCAGGCGCCGCUGUUCGCCUCGGCUGCCAGCGAGGCGCCGCUGCCGGCUGCUGAGGCGGCGGCCGGGGAGGAAAGCUUUGGCGGAGAGGAUUCUCCUCGGCGUCCCACCCCGACGGGAAACCCAUCUUCUUCUCCCCGCCCCCCUCGAUUCCUUCGCCUCGGCACAGGACAAGAUCCGGGGGCUCCCAAGAUCACCUGUCGCUUCCUCCCCCCACCCCGGUCGCUAAGGGAGGUGUGUGUGGUUUCCCCCUCCCCAUCUCCCCACCCCAAAAGGAAAGAUUGAGAGGAAGGGCCGGGGCAUCUGAUUCCCCUUUCCACAUUUGUUGCUUUUGGGAAGCCUGGGAGGCGGCGCGCUUGGCGGAGGAUGCCAUUGACUCGAGCCGCCCGGAUUGCCAGGGCAAGGCUGACUUCGCGUUGGAAACGGAGCGCCGAGAACCGAUGACUGGCUGGCUCGCUCUCGCUCCGAAGAGAGAGGAAGAAAUUGGCACAACUUCUCUGGUGUUUUCCUCUUCCUCCGCCACCUCUUUUUCUUCUUCUCCUCCUCCUCCCUCCACCUCGCCUCUUUCCCCACCUCCGUGGCGUUCACUUUCGGUCUAUGGAAAGAGCACCCGAUCUGGACAUUGAAGAGCUCAAGAUGACACGAGAACAGUAUAUACUGGCAACACAGCAAAACAAUCUGCCCAGAACAGAAAACACUCAGCUUUAUCCAGUAGGAAUUUAUGGUUGGCGAAAGAGGUGCCUAUACUUCUUUGUCCUCUUGCUAUUGGUUACCAUGAUUGUUAACUUAGCAAUGACGAUAUGGAUACUGAAAGUAAUGAAUUUCACAGUGGAUGGAAUGGGGAAUCUGAGAGUCACCAAAAAAGGAAUUCGACUUGAAGGUAUAUCUGAAUUUCUACUUCCAUUGUAUGUGAAAGAAAUCCAUUCUCGAAAGGAUAGCCCUCUGGUCUUACAGUCUGACAGGAAUGUAACAGUGAAUGCAAGAAACCACAUGGGACAGUUAACGGGACAGCUGACUGUAGGUGCUGAUGCUGUAGAAGCCCAGUGUAAGAGAUUUGAAGUGAGCUCCAGUGAAGAUGGAAGGGUGCUCUUCUCUGCCGACGAAGAAGAGAUCGUCAUUGGAGCAGACAGACUGAAAGUCACAGGCACAGAAGGGGCUGUAUUUGAGCACUCUGUGGAGACUCCCCAUAUCAGAGCAGAUCCAUCCCAAGACCUCAAGCUCGAAUCACCAACUAGAUCUUUGAUAAUGGAAGCUCCCAAGGGAAUACAAGUGAGUGCAGCUGCAGGGGACUUAAAAGCUACCUGUAGAAAAGAACUACACUUGCAGUCCACAGAAGGGGAGAUAUUUUUAAACGCGGACUCAAUCCGAUUAGGAAAUCUACCAGUGGGAACUUUUUCCUCUUCCUCCUCCCCGCCGAGCUCAUCAGCAGCUCGACAGACUAUCUAUGAGCUCUGCGUUUGUCCCAAUGGUAAACUUUACCUUUCCCCGGCAGGAGCAGGCUCCACGUGUCAGUCCAGUAGCAACAUCUGCUUGUGGAGCUGAAAAGACUCCCGACCCCUCCUCACACCAGAAUAGCCUUUUUGUUACUGUCCCUCUGCUUCACAGUUCUGCCCGGUUUCCUUCGUCCCAUCAUGAAGCUCCGAAACAGCCCACAGAGCAUCCUCUUCCGGUGUAAGCAGGAAGACAAUGUGGCCUUUUUGUCUGGCUCGUGGACGUAAACGACUGGAAGAAAGAAGGGGGAACAAAAACGGUUGUCUUCAUCAGGAAACCUGGAUCUUAGUAUCACCUUUUGUCCAAAAGGGAGAAUAACACAGGUGCCUUUGCUAUAUAUGAAGUGAAGCACAUUGUUUUAGAUUUUUGCAGGAACUGUAAAUGAGAAUCUGCACAUAUAUAUAAAUAUAUAUAUAUAUAUAAUACAUAAAUAUAUAUAGAUAGAUAUAGAUAUAAUGCUAUACAAAUUUUCCCAGAAUCAAAAGGCGAGAUGAAUUGGUAUAAUAAAUAAUUCUACUGUCUGAAAGCACAAUUUUCAUAUGCCCAUCACUUUUGGAUGUAAACUUUUAUCCCUGAUUUUUAAAACUUUUGGAGCAUUGUGUGAUGCUUGCUUUGCUAAACAAUUAAAAUUCAAUUCACAUUUUAAGCAGCAAGAGACAGAAUCCCCGAUCGCCAAUCCGUUGUUACUGUUUAUCUCCUACAUUUGGGGUUUUGUAGGAAAAAUUAUUUGGAUGCACUUAGCAAUAUAACCUAUUCAUGUUGAAAACAAGACCCAAUUUUAGUUUUGUUCAGCACUUCAGUGAUUACCUAGUGAUUAUAUACAAAGCAAUUUCUUUAAACAGUAGCAUUCUGGGGUCAAUGACUGGUCUGGGUCGGGGGAGAAUAUACCACUGAAGAAAUUCCCAUGAUGAUGUGAUGGAUAAAUGGAUGACCAAAUACAUAUUUUUCUAAAGUUAUAGAAGUUUAUAAUGGGAAAAAGAGCCAUGCUUUGAGCUGGAGCCCCACGUACCUUGAGUUCUCACACGUGUGGGUUUCCUCAUCCAUUACAAUGGAGACAGGAAAUGCAUGCGCACACAUGAAAAUGCCUAUAGACCUGCUUUGUCCAUUGAAAUGAAGUAGAAGAAAGCACUAUACAACCCCAAAACAGUGGCAGGUUUGGAGCAUAAUAGUUGCAGCUAAACAAAGCCAUCUGAAUUUAGUGCAUUGGAAUUACUAUCACGGUGAAAAAGUGCAGUGACGUUUUCUCUUAUUAGCAGAUCUUCCUGUGCAAUUUCAAAAUAUAAUGACUAGGAUUCUGAAAUAAAUUAAGAAAGUUCAUGGGGGAAAAUGUUUGGCCCUUGGUCACCCUGGCAGCCAUAUGCACCCCUAAAAGGGAUCUCCAAAUUAUAGGGAAACCCUCCUGAACCAUGGGGCACUGGGGUACUGCUUGUUGGACCAAUUUGGGGCAAUUUGUUAUCUGCCCCCACCCCAGCAGCUCCAGUUCCAUAUUUUGAGUGAAGGUGCAUAUGGCUUCAAGGAUGGAGGAGGGGACAGGCAACCUUUUUUCUGUGAACUUGCUUAGCUUGUUUUCAGGAUAAUUAUUAUCAUUAUUAAGGGACGCGGGUGGCGCUGUGGGUUAAACCACAGAGCCUAGGACUUGCCGAUCAGAAGGU